AUGAAGGUGAGUUCCACCACAGAUACCACAUCACAUCAAUCACAACAAUCACAAAUUGAACUACUUACAACUGCAUUACGUUCAUUAAAUAAUGGUUCAUUUGGUGAUGAAUUAUUACAACAAUUAAACUCCGAAAAGGAUAUUCAAGGUGUAUCUGAUGAAUUCAUAGAUUCUUUAGAUAGAGUCUCUAAAAAACAAUUAAAAUCUGAUCAAACUUGUUCCAUAUGUACAAAUGAUUUUUUGGAUGAUCCUCAUCCUUUAGUUGUUAAAUUACCUUGUCAAGGGAAUCAUAAAUUUGAUUUAGAAUGUAUUUCUCCAUGGUUAAAAGUUCAUUCAACUUGUCCCUUGUGUCGUAAAGACUUAUUACAAAAGAAGAAAUUUGAUGAUUUACCUGAAGAUGAAGAAGAAAUUGAAGAGGAUUGGGAUAUGUAUGGAUAG